AUGUGGGCCGGCGUGAGCUCACGCGCCACCGUAACGAAGAAGAAAGCUGAAGGAGAAGACAUGGGAUGUGCGGCGUCGAAACUCGAUAGCGAGGAUACUGUUCGGCGGUGUAAGGAUCGCCGCCGUCUGAUGAAGGAAGCUGUCUACGCGCGACAUCAUCUCGCCGCCGCUCACGCCGAUUACUGCCGCUCGCUUCGUCUCACUGGAUCUGCUCUUUCCUCAUUCGCCGCCGGUGAGCCUCUCUCUGUAUCGGAUCAGACUCCAGCAAUUUUCCUCAAUCCUCCUCCUUCCGAACACUCUCCGGCCAACCUUAUCCCUCCACGCGUUCCGUCGUCGCCUGCUCCUUCUUCCGUUCAUCCUCCUCCUCCUCCGAUAUCUCCUUCCGUUGCAAGUACAAAGCACAAGCAGCCUCCAGUCAUGUCCGCCUCUUCCAAUCGACGGAGGAAACAGCAACCCAGACCAAAGCUGCCUCAUAUCCUCUCGGAGUCAAGCCCUUCGUCUUCUCCGAGGAGCGAGAGAUCCAAUUUCAUGCCGAAUUUCUAUCCCGGCGCGUACCAGAACUCCACUUACUCCGCCACUCCAUCCCAUGCCUCCUCCGUCUGGAACUGGGAGAAUUUCUACCCUCCUUCUCCUCCCGAUUCCGAAUUCUUCGAUCGGAAGGCUCAAGAGAAGAAACAGAAACCCGAUAAUCCGUUUAGCGAUCCCGCCGACGGCGAUGAUAGGUCAGAGUAUGAUUUCUUCCAUCCGAGUAAGCAGAAGCAGUUUGAAUCAGUGAGCAGUGCGGUGGAGGAGGAGGAGGAUGAGGGGACGGAGAGAGAGGAAGUACAGUGUAGCGAAUGGGACGUUCACGAUCACUACAGCACCACGAGCUCCUCGGAGGAAGAUGACGACGAGAGGGAGUCAGUUUCCGAGAUCGGGACACGCUCCGACGUCGGAUCUACCGUGAGAGCUGAUUCGAUGAGUCGGCACCACCACCAGCGACCUUCACCAAUGCCGCGAGAAUACGGCGGCGCUGAAAAGGGAAGAUAUGACAAAGCAGAUGAUGCGACGAUGUCUUCCGGUAGCGACAGAGGCGGAAGAGAGAUCGCCGACAUGAGUAUGGUGGUUAGGCACAGGGAUUUGAAAGAAAUCGUUGAUGCGAUCAAGGAGAAUUUCGACAAGGCGGCCGCCGCCGGCGACCACGUGUCUCAGAUGCUUGAGCUCGGCAGAGCUCAGCUUGAUCGAAGUUUCAGCCAAUUGAAGAAAACUGUGAUACAUUCGAGUAGCAUAUUAAGCAACCUGAGCUCGACAUGGACCUCGAAGCCGCCAUUGGCAGUCAAGUACAGGAUUGACACGACGGCGCUGGAUCAACCCAACAGUGUGAAGAGCCUCUGUUCAACUCUUGACCGUCUCUUGGCAUGGGAGAAGAAGCUGUACGAAGAAAUCAAGGCUAGAGAAGGUGUGAAGAUUGAGCACGAGAAGAAGCUAUCACAAUUGCAAAGCCAAGAGUAUAAAGGUGAGGAUGAAGCUAAGCUAGACAAGACAAAGGCCUCAAUAACGAGGUUACAGUCACUGAUAAUUGUUACAUCUCAAGCUGUUACAACUACAUCUACUGCCAUAAUCCGUCUUCGUGAUACCGACCUUGUUCCUCAACUCGUUGAACUCUGUCAUGGCUUUAUGUACAUGUGGAAAGCUAUGCAUCAAUACCACGAGACUCAGAACAGCAUCGUGCAGCAAGUCCGAGGGCUCAUAGACAGAUCAGGCAGAGGCGUAUCAACCUCUGAGCUACACCGACAAGCGACACGUGACUUAGAAUCAGCCGUCUCUUCUUGGCACUCCAGUUUCAGUCAUCUCAUCAAGUUCCAACGUGACUUCAUACACUCGGUUCACGCCUGGUUCAAACUGACCCUUCUUCCGGUCUGCCACGAAGACGCGGCUGCAAAUCACCACAAAGAGCCAGCCGAUGCUUACGCCUUCUGCGAUGAGUGGAAACUUGCUCUAGACCGUGUUCCCGAUACAGUGGCAUCAGAAGCAAUCAAAAGCUUCAUCAACGUUGUGCAUGUAAUAUCCGCGAAACAAGCUGAUGAACACAAGGUAAAGAAAAGAACAGAAUCGGCAUCGAAAGAGCUCGAGAAGAAAGCUUCGUCGCUUAGAAACCUAGAAAGGAAAUAUUACCAGUCUUACUCAAUGGUCGGAAUCGGUUUACCAGACUCAGGACCCGAUAACCAACACAUGCUAGACGCUCGAGACCCGCUAAGCGAUAAAAAAUCGGAGCUUGCGGUUUGCCAAAGGAGAGUAGAGGAAGAGAUGGUGAAACAUUCAAAGGCAAUAGAAGUGACGAGAGCCCUGACUCUGAAUAAUCUGCAGACAGGGUUGCCUGGUGUGUUCCAAGCUUUAACAAGUUUCUCUGCUUUGUUCAUGGAAUCUCUUCAAACUGUAUGCACUCGUUCAUACUCUAUCAAAUAG